UCCAAAAAUUCCUGUGCACUUGAGUGUUAUUUAUUGUGAGAGCGUCCAACAGAAGCUUCAGGCCACUGUAAGGCUGGAGAAAAUCCAUGGCUAGAUCCAGCAGCCCAGACAUGAACAUUUAAAUGCCCUUUUGCUUAUUUUGCUUCUUUGGUGUGUGCCUUUGCGGAGGCACAGCUCAUGUAGGGGCCAGGAGGAAAGCACAUAGCCAUGAGGAAGGAGGCAAACCAGGAAACUUUAGUGAGCAGCAGAAACCAUGCAGAUGUAUUGCUAUGGAAAUGAAUGUAGAGCUAAAAGGGAUGUAAAGAAAAUGGGAAUAAUGUAAUAAGCCCUUUAACAGGUUUGCUUAAAGGAGUCAUGAAAAUACUUUGCAUUUCUUUUGCAUUAUUUAGAUGAGAAUAGACAGAAAACAUACAGUAAAAGUUGUUAUUAAAUUUGGAAAGUUUUGCAAGAAGAGGAAAUUAUAAAGACUUCAUGAAUGUGCACACAGCAAGAGGUCAUAGAAAGGAGCCAUGUGUUCCAUAAGGGAUGGGAAAUUAGCACCAGAUGAGGCAGUUAUUUCUGGGAAAGGAAAGAUUUCUUUGUCUCAGUAUUCAUCAGAGUAACAGGGAAACAUGCCGGGAACAGAGAGAACCUUCCCAGAAGUAAAAAAAAGAAAACAAACCCAAAACCUAAAUUAAAAUAAAGGGUGAUGCUUGGUUAGGUAAAAAUUAAAUUAGUUCAAUUAAAACCUGAAAAAUCUGCCAAUUAAGCACAUUUUAUUCUCACGUCUAUAUUUUUCCCCCAAGGAGUAAAUGUGUCUUGAAAUUAAUUAAGAGACUUAAACAAAAACACAGUAUUAGGGAUUUUCCUCAAUUGCUGAGUCACUGUCCUUUUAUUUCCUCAAGUUUACUGCAAACCAUAAAUAAAAAUUUCCAAAGAAUAGGAAAGUGGAAGAACAAAACCAAAGAUAUGAAGAUAGUCGGUGAUGUGUAUGGGUUUUUUCCCUAGAAAGUUGGUUUUAGACUAAAACAUUUAGAUUUGGUGUCUAAAGCAGAAUAUGAAAAAAAAAACCAUUUCUAACCCUCUUGGUUUCUUUGUGUACUUUGACUUGGGUUUUGCCUCACUGAUUGGCAAAGAAGGAUAUUCCUUGGGUUUUAAUGCUGUGAUUCAUAUAAGCCCCAAGGUUUAUUCACAUUGCAGUGUUCUGUGACUUUUUUGGUGAUACACCCAAACCAGGAAACUGCUUUCCUGUGUGUCAUUUUUGUCCUGGUCAGAGUUACAGGUAGGUGAAGUACAUUAGGCAAACCCAAGGAAAAUUCUGCCGAGCAUUUGUAGCAUUGUGAAGAGGCAGGGGUUUUAAGGAGCUGAAGGAGGUGUGUGAGGAGCAGGAGGUGUAAUGCCUGAGUGGAGACUGCGCUGUGAGUACUGUUCAAACCCUGGCAAAGCCAGUUUGGAUGAUGUGGGAGUCCGGCUGGGAGACGCCAGGCCUGAGAAGGGAUAAUGGGGAUUGUGGUAGAGCUGGAGCAGGGUGCAGCAAAGCCAGGAACCUGAGUCUGACUUCAAAUAUUCUUUACUGACCUUUGCUGUGCUUUGGAGCCAAACCAAAGGGGACUGACCAGAAUGCCCAUCCUACCAAGGUGGGAAAUUCCAGCUGGAAUUUUUGAAUUUUUUUCUGUUUCAGAAAGCUUCCUUUCUCCAUAAUUAGUUAUGGCUGUAAACAAAAAUAAAUUAGAAUCUUCACGACUAGAAUAAUUUCAGUCACCCUUAUUUGGGAAGAAAUGGCUCAUUCCUGAACAAUAUAAUUCUGUUUUAAGAACAGACUUUUGGGCUUUUUUUUAUUUACAUGUAGCAGCUUUCUAAAGAUGCGUCUGGUUGACUUCCACACUUAACAUCACAGCCUCUUUUCUUAACUGUGUUUUUAAGGAUUAUGGGCAUUAAAACUUUCAGAAACCUUACAGCAGUCAGUUAAUAGCAGAAAUGAACAAAGUACCCUCUUAAUAAUAAACUGCAGGCACUUUUUAAUAAAGUUACAAUUUCAGCAGAAAAAAAAUGUAGAUUAAAAGGAAACACCUGCUCCUGUAAAUUACUAUGCUGCAGGUACCAACCCAGGAGACUCUGCAGAUGGUUCUGUAUUUGCAAACCUGACCUCACCACCCCUUCAUCAAUCUCUCACCGAUUGAUUCUCUCCAGAGCAGAACACACCAUAUCCCAAGGUACUAGAAGACACCUUUGAAUUAAAUUAGUUCCAGACAGAAUACCGGUUAAUUGGUAUUUCUGUUUCAUUUUGGAAGUUCUUAACAAAGGAUUAGAUUGUCUUAUCGAGCACUAGUGCUGAGUGAAGAACAGUACAGCCAGUUCCAAGAACUCCAAAGGGAACUGUACUUUAGAAGGCAGUCUUUGCUGCACUCCUGGCUGAUGGGGAGUGUGGAUUAAGUUGUGCUAUGCCCUAGGAUUUUGAGAUGGGCAAAAACAAAGUGGGAUCUUGCUCCUUAGAACAGUACAAUACGAUUGCAUUGCUUCUGUUAGGCUUUCCUGCCAGCCAAGGAAAAGUGGGAGAUAUCCUAAGUUCUGUGUGUUUGUUUCCUCUCCUCAGUGGUUUUCAGGCAUCUUGUUCUUUUAGUGAGAGCUGAUGCUGAUUAUGGCAGUCUUUUCUUAACUAGGAGAAAUUUACAUGGUUCUAACUGGGCCUGUGCAAAGCCUUGUGCAAUUUAUUGAAACUUUUUUGCUUUGGGGGAGAGAAACAUUAACACUCUGUCUGGAAAACAGCCUUGCUGAAAAAAGUAGAGAUGAGCUCGUGUCCCGUGUUCCUGUUUUGUCACCCAUGUUCCUCAACCUAGUGUUUGGCUUUAAAAGCAUUCCUAAUUCUUCAAACUGAUAGCACUUUCAUCAGAGACAUAUUUUCCAGUGAGUCUGAAUUACACAAUUAUAAUUAUUACUGUGCUCAGCCUUUUUUUUUUUUCUAAAUUGUAAGGAAAAAAAAAGUAAUACAUAUCUUUUUGCUUCUCAAUUAUAUGUGAAUAAGGCCUGCUGCAACAGAAAUAGAGCUGCCUUCCUGCAUUUUUUGCAGGAAUAAAAGUCCAUGAGUAGUUGAUGACAUAAACCAUGAUGUAUGCAAUUAAAUAAGAAUGAUUGUGUAAUUUAUUUUGUGUGGACAGAAGGAAACUUGGAUAACAGCAGUGGCUGAAAAUAUAUCUGUAAAAAAUUAUUAGAACUCUUAAUUUAAAAUUUACACUCUGGUAAUAAUUAAGUUCCACUAAGAUAAUAAUUUACUUCCCCAUCCUCAAGUUUGGAGAAUUCCGAGGACAACUCUACUGAAAUCUGAUAGAAUGCUGACUUUCAAGACUCUUGAAAUCCUGAAAUAAUAAGGAAUUAAGAGAAACAAUUAGCUUCAUGGGAGAAAAAAGCAAAUACCUAGCUGUUAGCUAUCAAAUGUUCAGUCCUUUUGCUGUGUCCACGGAGUGCAGUGAGAUUUUUGCUCUCCUAGCCAUGGCUUAUCACUUUAUUCUGUUGUACCUGAUGGGAAACAUUGUCCUUUGUUCAUUCUGAGCCAGCAUUAACUGUUAGCAGGCACGACAUUAAGUGUUUCUUUAUUCACAACUGCCUUUCCUGGUAGCUUUUAGAAUACACCCGUCACAUCCAAUUCGUUGGAGCUCACAAAUGUGACACUUGGGAGAGCUGAAAAUCCGAAACAUCAAAUGUUACCAUGUGCCUAACUAGAACAUCUUAAUCUCAUAGAAUUGCCUUUCUUUGAUGGGGAAACCUCUGUGGCGUCCUGCUGUCCGUCCAGACAAAAGAGCAGAUGUGGAAUAUGAGGGUGUGCGUGGGCACUCAGCUGUCUGGGCAGGGUGCAGACCAAGAGAGCUCCAAGAGUUCCUCCUUAAUUUGGAAAGCAGUAAUUGCAACAUCAGCCCUUAGUAUAAAUGUUUACUGAAAGUGACUGAGGAUUGCUUAAUUUGCAUAACAGUUAAAUCAUAAAGUAAAAAUCUAAUGGUAAGUACAAUAAAAUUGAAGUGAGAUAUAUAUAUAAAUAGAUUAUAUAUAUUAUAUGUGUGUGUGUGUAUAUGAAUAUAUAUAUUUACCACUUUGUUUUAAGGUUUCCUUUUCUUUCAGUCGUAUCCUUGAUCCUUGCCAUUUUUGAGUAAGUUUCAAAUUUCAGCAGAUAAAGAUACCCUUACUGUAAAGGUUAUUUGCAAAAAGCAAGUAAAACUGGGCUUAUGGAAAAUAUAAAGAUUGAACACAUGAACUCCCAGAUGAGGUGAACGCUCUGCUUUCAUGAACAAGUCACUUUGUAGUUCACAGCAUUAUGCACUGUGGUCCUGGACCACCAAACCUUAUGGCUAUUUUUGCCUUUGGUACUGGAUUAUUCCUGUUAGCUGUGGUAGGAUUACAGAAACACAUGAAGUUAAGCAUGAAUGGAAAAUUAGUAUGUGGAACAUCAAAUUAGAAUUCUCCUUUUCUCUCAUCAUGGGAUUUUUGUGAGACUUUUCAUCACUUAACCUUCUGAAACAUUGUCAUGGAAUAUUUAUGUGACAAUUCUUACAUAUUUCUAAAAGAAAAGAAACUGAGUCUGCAGCAGUGUAUUUUAAAAUAUAGUAUACCCUUAUGGACAUACAAUAUUUAAAAUGCCAUGAGAGUGGAUUUUUGAUUUACGUAACUGAAUACAUGAAAUCUGAAUUAUAUAUAUCAAAAGCAUUUGAUCCAUUAUUUAAAUAAUUUAACUGGUUAGAUAUAUAUUAUUCUGCAUUUAAAUAAUUUACCUGAUUCUAUAUAUUCUAUGUGUAUUUUGGAGAUACAUAUUUAAAUAGAAGUGCCUAGAAGAAGGCACUUAGCUGAGAAAAUGGAAUUGAAAACAUUUUACUAGAUCUGUUAUUAACUGAGAGAAUUCUUCUGUCUCAUUUUUAUGAAGGAACACUUCAGAGUUCAGAUCCUUGAAAAUGUUACUGAAAAUGCUGUCACUUUUUAUUUGUACUUAUUUCCUUGGUGGUUAUAUUUACUUCCUGUAUUUCUUCAGUGCAAAAGUGAAAGUUAAGAAAGCUUCCAAACAAAUACAUGGACUGUAUGGCUCUUACCCCAGAAAGGCUCAUGUGAAGUGCUCUGGAAACUGAUAGGAAGUACAUUUAUGUAACAGUUUUGCAAAUAUAUAAAGUGAAGGAUAAUCGACAAAAGUCUCAUUUGUGUAACAGCUUUGACCCAUUAGGGGCUUUUAAAUCAUGCAUCACUGACUUCAGGGUUGCUCUUGUCAAGCUACUUACAGAUCCUAGUUAAAUCAGGCAUUUCGUAUUUUUGCCCUCAUUUGCUUUUGUUUACCAGCAGGAGACAAAAUAUUUAAUUAGUUUUGGGGCAUUUAUAAUCUCCUCUGGGCCAGCUCCAGCCACAAAGCUGGACGCCACUCCUGAGUUAAUUCCAGCCAGGCUGGCCCCUCCACUACAACAUAUGGGUAACCUCUGAGCCUUUAGCAAAAGUUGCAACUGAACUAUGAGAGGGGUGGGACAUCCCCGCUGGGAAAACACUGCCACAAAGCAGAAAGGGGCCAGCGUCACCAGGGCAGGUCAAGGCAACACUUAGACCAAACAGCAUCUGGCAAACUGUGCCAAGUAGAAAUCAAUGAGAAGCAGGGCACUGGGUAGUAAUUUUAUGCCUGUUUACACAAGAAAAUAACUCCUCCUGAAGUGAAAAACGAUUUUGUAAAAAGCUUACAGCAUCCUUUGGCAUCACUCUCUCCAUUGUUCCUUCUUGUAUUUUUAUUAGUCAAUAAACUAUGGCACAAUCUAUACACAGUUUUGUUUUGAGCAAGCAACAUUAACUGUAGCAUUAAUUAUGUUUUUGAAAGAUGAGGAGUUUUGAGAGUCUUCUUCCUAAUUGGCUAGGAACCAGCUGUAUAACUGUAAUUAAUUUCCAAGGUACAUUACAUUCUCUUCUCCACGGUACAGCAGUCAGUCAGAGGGCUGGAGAAGAAAUAAAACAAAGACAGUUCCUAAUCUUAGGCACUGUGUGUUCCUGCUCCUGCAAACUGUUGCAGCUCAGUCCACUUGAAACCUUCCCAUGUUUUAUUAUUGUCACUUUCUAUUCCUGCCUGUAUCUCUUCUUAUAUCUCAUCUUGUGGCCCUUGUUUUUCCCCAUUGCCCUUUAUCACUUUUCGCUUUUCCCUGAAAUUCCAGGUGCUGCUGUCUAAUAUUGUAAGCAGACUGCCAUUAAAUUCAGUGAGAUUACUUAGGGCUGAAUAUUAAAUAUACUCAGGUUUUUAGAGGUACAUGGCAUUAGAUACUAUAUUUUAUCCCCCACAGAGCUUCUUCCUUGUGUACUUUUCUGCUUCUCAAAAAGGAGACUGUUCUCUACUGGCUUUUGGUUUUUGCCUACUUGUCAAGAAGUAUUUCUGUUUCAAACAAUUUCAACACUCAUUUUCAUCCUUAAACUACCUUGUAUUGCUCUGCACAUUCAUUAUUUCUGUGCUUGGAGUGAAGCAGGUUGCAGGUUUCAAGUCACUUUCAUAGUGUCCCACCAGUGGAUUGCAGCACUCAUUUCCACAUCUCCUUGGGUUCUGUGGCAACAGGUGCAGGGAACAUGUCAGCUUCAGUCUGAGGUCUUUGUGCCUCUUGAUAGAGAAUAAACAGCAGAGAGUGACUUUUCACUGUAGGAAAGGAUUGAGAAAAUCAGUGGUUUUGGUGGAAGGAAUAAAAAGCUGAAUGUUCACAGUGGCUGUCAUUGGUCCUGUCCCCUGGACAGUUGGCAUGUGAGGGAAAAAAACCCUCACUAGAAGUGAGGUGGACUAACUGUUCAUGUCUGGGGGGAGAAAUUAUGCUUUCACUCAGGGAGUGCAUUUUUUCUCACAGUUACAAAUUAUGUAGAAAAGUUUUAAUAAAAUAGGACGUAAUUCAGUAAUAAAAUGCUGCAAUUUUUUCCCUACUUUUGAAGUACACCAAACUCCUUGUUUGACCAAAAUCUGCAUGUGCAAGCAGUUUUUUUGUUUGCUUGAUUGUACCUAAGAUUUUUGCUGAUGAGGUAUUUGGGAAACUCAGUGGGAGUUUACACUCCUCUCCUUUGAUACCAUGACACACCUUUUAUAUCUCCCUUCCUCUGCUCCUCUUUUUCCUCUCAAGAGUAAACAGAAAGCUCCACUCCUGUAACAGCUCUCUUCCGUAGGCUGUGAUUAAGUCAUUGCCAAGUCUGUAGAUACUGCAUGAACAGGUUUAGUUCUCCUGUGUAUCAGGAUUAAGAGAAAAAGGGUUAAAAGAAAAUAAAAAGGGGUUGUGUUCUUACACCUUGAUAUUUGAUGAUCUUCAACAGCUGGGAAGAGUCUUCUAGGGUUAGUUUUGUUCCAUGAUGAAUUUCCAUACUGUCUCUCAGCAUAGUGACCUAUUCAGUUUCUAUUUUUAGGACUUUUUGUAGGCUUUCUACUCAAUUCCAAAGAAAAAAAAAUUAAAGACUGACUAACUUGUGAAUGGUCUUGGUAUUUUUUUUUAAUGUAGAGCAAAUGAAAUUGAGGGGGUUUUUAAGCAGUGAUUGCAAUAAUGUUAAUGUAUUUCUUGUGUUUCUGAUGUCAUAGCAAAUAGGUAAUUUAAGAGUAACUUACUACAGUGUAAGAAAGAUUGUUUUUCCACAAGGUUGGCAUGGGGAACUGGCUCAAUCUAUGACUGCUGUGUUGCCUCUCAUGCCGGUGUUUGGGAGGAAGCAGCUCCUAGGGACGGGAAAGCCGUAACACCACCUGAUCCAGCAAAAGGCUGACCUGUCAGCAGGUAAAAUGUAAUAACAAAUCAUACCUUCUGCUUGAGGCUGUCUGACCAUGUCUGUUGGUUAAAGAAGAACACAGUUGAUUCCUAUUAAAAGAGUUUGGUUCAUCCGUUCUUUGCCGCAAGCUUGAGAUUUUUGGUUUUGUUUCAUUUGUAGCAGUGAUGUUGCUGCAGUGUCAAGCAGCCCAUUAAGUUUAGCUACAUUUAUAAAGUUCUAAAAACAAGUGCGCACAUCCUGCUUCAUACAGGCAGAUUCAUAAAUAGUUGGGCUUUGGCUGUUGCCAUCUCUGCAGAAUUUGUUUGGCACAAACAUUUCUGGUUUGAGGCUAAAAGGACUAACCAAUUGCAUUUGGAGGGCAGUGGGAACAGGGAGUAAAUUCCCAUCCCUGUAACCUCAAACAUCCCCCUUGUAUUUCACAGAGGUGACUGUGAUGCACCGGUGUGAGGAAUGGGCAGGGUGAUAAUUGGAUGAGAGAGGCCUGAAAAAGUUAGAAAAAGGGGAGAGGCCACAAGAGAGAGGAGGACUAAGGUAAGAGCCUCAGAACGAAGAGGUGAACAACCUCUGGAGAAUUGCUCUCUCCAGACUCUGGUGCUGAACCCAAGAGUCCUGAGUUUAUAAUUCCUUCUGCUGUGAGGAAAUGUGGUCAAAUCAGGUGAUGAAGUAUGUCCUGACCAUCUACUUCAUCUUUCUAAUCCUGAGGUAUCUGAUCUAUGGAAAGAUAAUAAUUUACCACUUGUGCUGCUGGUUACCCUGUUAGAGGUUUUAUAGAACAGGUUAGGAAAACUUAUCAGAGAUCACAGUAAUUCAUUUGUAGCAGUGAUGUUGCUGCAGUGUCAAGCAGCCCAUUAAAUUUAGCUAUUCUGUCUGGAAUCAGGAGGCUAAAGCAGAUUUUUUCCCUCAUCUGGUUCAUGGUGCAGAGCAUGCACAGUGCUUUUAAUAAUUCUCAAGCUAUAUAGUAAUGGAAGGUAGUCUCUGGAAGACUCUUGUCUCAUUGAAGCUGAGUAUAUAGGAAAAUAAAAGGUGCUUAAAGAAACUGAAUUACAUCUCAAAUAAAUGGGUUCUGUUCUUGCCUAUGUCAGAAUGCCUGUGUAAUGCUUAACAAGUAUUUUAAACUUUUUUCAAAAUUUGUUUUGCCUGGUGGUACUGGAGAUAGUGCUGAUCAAGUAAAUUCACAGCUGAAAGAUGAACAGAAAGCCAGUAUAUUUACCCAGACUAGUUGGCUCAGCUGUGGAACAAAGCUCCCACAGCUGUGGAGCUGCAGCAGCCAAGCUUCCUUGCGCAGUCCUGCUGGAGCCGUGACCAGUGAGCAUUGUGCCAGGUUGCCGUGGGUGCCCUGCUGUGUCGUGUCUGUAGGUUCCCUUGUGGAAAAACAUCAGGACAGCUUUUGCAAAUUGCUAAGCAUGUGCAGGUGCAGUUGACCUUGACAGAUAACUGUAUUUUUAAGCACAUCCCAUGUAUAUGAUACUUGGAAAAUUCACUAGCUUUGUGAUACAUCAGAGCUUUUUGCUGUUCUAGUGGUUCAGUGGAUUACCAUAUCAUUCUAGGUGGAAACUUCUUUCAUGAUCUGUUGUGUGUAUACAAAGGUACAUAAUGUAACCAAAUUCAAUAAAUGAUGUAGGUGAGAAACAGUUAAAUGCUCAAGACAUGCUCUUCUAGUAGCACAGUGAAAGGACUCCUCCUUUUUGGUUUUUUAAGAGGUUUCUGACCUCCUGUUUCAAAAGUAUGCUUUCAAACAAAGUUAUGUUGAAAGGGUGUUCUGUGCAGGAUCACUGGGGAAAGCUCUGCUUUUUGAACCUCACCUGAGGGAGGUGAGAAGGAUGAUGUGGAACAGAAGAGAAAUGGGUGAAUUAAGAAAUGGUAACUUGAGGGUGGUGUGGCAGGUAGAGCCUGAAGUGCAGCCGGGACAGGUACUUGGCUGCUGGAAAGAAGAGCUCAGCCCAGAGAGACUGAAGAGGAAAGUGAACUGUUCUGUUACUUUGUAGGAAAAGGUGUCCAGUGCCAGGGUGGGAAGCCCCCGAUGAAAUGACUGCAAACCACUCCUGCAGCUGUAGAUUGUUAUUCCAUUUCCAGUAUUAGUUACUAAGUGUCCCUGCAGGAUACAACAUUCUCUAGUGAAUUGUUGGGUUUGGAUACUUCUGUAGCUGUGACAGGGAAAACAAUGCAAAUAACCAAGGCAGGAAAAGAAGUGAUUCUGCACACCAUGGAUUUCUAGCCUGUCUUGUGAGCUGAGUCAAAUGUUACAAGAAAUGGGGCCCUUAAGGAUGGCCGUAUUUUGGUAGUUACCCACCUGCUCUUAAUUAGGCAGCGUACAGCAUGCCAUUCUUUCUGCUUUGCUCAGGGUAAACGGCAGUGGUGACGAGUCUUGAGGCUUUUAGAAAGGAUCUACCUGAGAGGAAAUAGUUCUGGCUAGAAGGGAGAGGUAAGAUUCUUGUUUUGAUGCAUUGCUUGUAUAUGUUUUUAUAAAUACAGGUAGAGAAAGUAGGGAGGAAUUAGACUUUAACCAGAAAUAUUGCUUUCAUUUCAUUUUAAAUUUGGUCUCUGGCCCAGGUCAAUCCCCAAUAAAAGUAAUCAAAGUAAUUAGAUUGUGUUUUCUCUAGUAGUACAGGUGAAAGACAUUCGUCUCUUAGUGGGUGCUGCACUAAUUGCAUCUGAGUUUUUAACUUGGAUACCUAGCAGACAAUUUUGGGUUUAUGUAUGUAGUCAUAAAUCCUGAAACUACCUAAUUUCUGUAAUGGAUUGAAACUCUCCUUUAUUUUCAUAAAAUUAGUGGUGACUUCAAGUUGCUAAAGUAAUCUAGUUUAUGACCGAACUAGCAUUCUUAUCUCUCUUGUUUUUCUCUGAGGGUAACAUAAUAUUUUGGUUAAUGGUACUGGUUUAGAAUUAAAAUAUGACUCAGGAAUAAUGCUGCAAGGAAUAAUGGAGUAGCACUAAAUUGGUACCUGCAUAGUUAGGGAAUCAAAGGUUGAAAUUUUAGCAACUGGGUAGACACAGAACUUUUUUUCUGGUGAUUUUGAUGUUUUUCUGCCUUGAGAUUAUGAGGAAAAAAAGAGUAAAAGGGAAUUUUUGGAGAAAUGGAGGAUGUACAAAACCCAUGAAACUAAUAUAAGUUAGGAUUUUAGAAAAGGUUUUAGCACCACAGCAGUUUAUCACAUCAGGAUAUAGUAAUAUCUUUAAAAAAUAGAAUAAAAAUCUUGAUAGUAAUUUAAAAAUAUUUAUAUAUGAGGAAUUGUUAAAAGUAAAGGGAGGAGAGAAUACAAUUACAUAGGCGCUAAUUGAGACAAGCUGAAAUAUAGAGGAAAUCAAACCGAGUGAAGGAAACCUGUGAAAAUUCCAGCUGAUACCCUAUCUCUUAUUCACUGAACAAUAAAGCAGGUUAUGUUUUAGUUUGAGGUAACAUUAUCAUAAGGCUAUGCAGUGGGGCUGGGCAAAUGAACUAGAUUGUGUGAAUAAGACCUUGACACAUUUUGUAUUUCGCUUUCAUAAAGCUGGAAAUGUACAAAAUUUUAAGUGAUGAAAACCAGAUAUUUUGAUCAGCCAGCAUUUUUUAGCUUUGCCUAUGAGCUAUAAAAUCCUGUUAUUACUUUGUCAUUAGUCAAAAUGGAUCUGGGCUCUUGUCCUGUGAUUUGAUAGUAAAUCAUUUAAGCUCAAGUUACGGCGUGUUCAGUAGGAGAGAUAAAUCACAGCUUCUCUCCUGAGAUAACAGCAGUAUGUUAGUCAAAGCAUGAUGAUGGUGGUGAAUCAAUUAGGAAGGGAGAAUUAACAGUGCUGCUGUGUACUGGGUUACUGUGCACUAGUGGAGGAAAAUACAAAGUUUCUGAAGUGGUUUUCAAUAUAUUUGAAGUCUUCAUUGUCAUUUAUACUGGCAGGACAUACUAAGUUAAAGAAUGAAAACUGCGGCCAAGUGGAAAAAAUACAGUACUCUAUUUUAAAGGGGAGCUUUUCAUAUUUAUGGCAUGAUGUUAGCAGCACUCUUAAGAUGGAGAGUGAUUAACUACCUGAAUUGAGUAGCAGCUAUUUCAUGAGAACACACAGUAUUGAUUAACUUACAGAGCACCUUAAUUCUCUGGUGUUCUUUUAGAAGAAAAAUCAUUUGACAUUCAUUGUACGAGACAUAGGCUUUAACUAAAAACUUAAUAGGGAUAGAAGGCUGCAGGAGCACUAAAAUAUGCUUUAGCAAUAGCAUGAAAAUCAGAUGUGGAUCUUCUUUACUGCACAUGGGGUACUUCCCAUGGAGCAUCUUUAGAAACAGAAAUCCCACAAGUUCUAAUUGCUGAUCCUUUAGGGAAGACAUAUGUUUCUGUGGCUUUUUGAAGGGGGCUGUUCUCACACAGAUAAUCAGAAAGUGGCCCUUUAGUGAGUGGUAGUAGCUCUUUAUGUUUGGAGAAUAGGUCAGCGCACACAGAUAGCCAAGUUGAACAUUUCUAAUGAAACGUGACCAAGUUGCACUUCUUUAAAAAUUGAAGAAGUGGCAUACAUUUUGAUAAUGGAAUAAUGGAGACUCCCUACCCCAACUAUCAUCUCUGCUCACGAUCAUUAGGAUGUGGAGUAUUAAGAGCAGAGCAACUGGGCGUAACAGCCGACAUCCAACAUCUGUCAUGCUGGAGUCCAUUAGUGUUCAAUUGCAUCCUAUUGUUUUUGGAUUAUUCAACCUCAUUUCAUUGUCAUUGCUUUUGCUAGGGAUUAAUCAGCUGUUUACAACUACACCAAGUUUUGGAGUCAUAAUGAAAACAAUUGAGCUAUAGUUCUAAAUAAAUAUACAGUAUUCAGUCUCUAAUGAAAAAAGUUACUAAUUUAUGAAUGCUGGUAACAAUUUAAUUAAGUUUGAAAUCAAUACAGAUAAUAAAUCAUUGUGUGGCAGGUUUUUUUUUUCUUUUGUGUACAUCAUAAAAAGAUCAUGUGAUAUUUCCUUGUAAGUUUAUGUAGUUGUGAUUUUAGUACAAUACAAGUACAGUAAAAGAAAGAUGUUGUAAUUAUGGGGCGUGGGUGUGUGUAUAUUGUAGCUCCUCUGGCAUUACAGUUGUAGCAGAAUUGAUCCCUUGCUGCCAGUUAGCAGAUUUGUUUUUCACAUCCUCUUUUAUUCUUGUCACUUACUUAGAAAUAUAAUACCAAAAAUACACCUUUAAUUCAUGUCAAAUGCACACAUAUAAACUUUAAUAGGGUGUAUUAAAAAGGGCAGUUUUCAGGGGAUUAGUAUACUUACAUGUUUUUGUGUAUAACUAUCAUAACCCAUCUAAAUACUUUUGCAAUUAUUAGAUAAAUCUAUUGCUACAUUUUGACUGUUUAAAUAGAUUUAAACUAUUUUAAUGACUUUGAGUUUGCUGGCAGGCAAAUAUAUUAUCCCCUUUUUCCUUAAGAUAUGACUCUGGUUGCAAUGUUAUGUACUUCAUACAAUAUUAAAAUUGUGAAUGCUGGAGAGUUUCUAAUAAUUAAUUCUAAUAAAUUCUAAUUUACUUAUUUUGGUACCAUAUGUGCAAAGCAGUGGUAUUCUUGGCCAUGUAUCUUUUAGUUCUUUCUCCUGUUUGAUUAAUGCAGUUAUUCUUCUAUCUUCAACACUUAGCCAGAAUUUUCACGUGUUUUAAUGUAGAAAUACUACAAUGCACAGAGAUUUUUUUUCCCCCCUGAGUUGCAACAGAUUAUCCAUUGAAAGGGUCUUUUGCUUAACUGCCCAGAGUCUUGUGGGGCCAGCCAGACACUACUCCAGAUGGCAAGUUGUUAGGGCUGGACAGAAUGGCUUUGGAAGACUUCUCACCAGAUGAAGGCUGUAAUGUUGGGAUUUUACUGUUUGGCUUUUCUCCCCCUGUAGUUCCCAGGGUGGGAAGGUGCUGGGAUGGCAGCAGCGUGCCGCCCGCCCACCUGCUACCACCUGUUCAGCUCUUGCCGUUUCUAUAAAGCCUCGUCUUGUCCGCUCCGCACGAUCCCUGCUGGCCGGCAGAGCCAAGGAAAGAGAGAUCUCUCUUAGGAAGUCACGGCCUCAGAGCCAACCCUUCACCAUCGCAAAAUCCCCUCCUCAACUGAAUCAGGACUUCUCUCACUUGAAACAGCCAUUUGGAGUUGUUGUGCCUUUAGUCCAGUAAGAUCCUUCUUGGAUUCAACGGACCGUUUUCUUCGUAACAUACAUUUUGAGAAUGGAGAUUUCAUUGUUUUCUCUCUCUCUUUAAGAUGAAAGAAAUUAAAAGAAUGAAAGCAUAAGACAUAAAAAUGCUUCAUUCUUUCUUUCAACGAUAAGAAACAAUUUUCAGACAUUUUCAGAAGAACCAGAAGAACUUUUAUUUUAUUAUAUUUAUUUUUUUAGAAGCCAAGAAAAAAACUCCAUAAUUUAUAUUGGGAAACAGAUUCAAGUGGUACAAGGGUUACUCCAUGAGUGCUUUCCUUACCACUUUUUAGAAAGCGAAUUUUUGCUAGGUGAUCUUCGUGUGUGUGAAAGUGAAGCUGCAUCAAAUAUGAAGACCUGUAAAUCCAGUCCCCUGGCCUCAGUGGUGGAGUCAGCCUCGCAGUGCAGAAGCGGAGCGGGCUGUGCUGUGAAGUGCAGCUCGGAAAGGAUGGAGAACGCUGCCAAGAGGAGGCUGGCUGCCAACGCCCGCGAGAGGAGGCGCAUGCAGGGACUGAACACGGCCUUCGAUCGCUUGAGAAAGGUGGUGCCGCAGUGGGGGCAGGAUAAGAAACUGUCCAAGUACGAGACCCUGCAGAUGGCUCUGAGCUACAUCAUGGCUCUGACCAGGAUCCUUGCUGAAGCUGAGAGGUUCAGCACUGAGCGAGAGUGGCUCAGCCUGCACUGUGAGCACUUCCGUGGCGACAGCUACCACCCCUACCCGGCACAGAAACCCGCGGCGGACAGCGAUCCUUACGCACAGAGGCUGUUCAGCUACCACCCCGAGCACUUCCAGAUAGCUAACUAGAACUUGUUGCCAGCUAAGAGUAUGCCGCAGGCCAGAUGUGUAAUUUAAUAAUUAGCAAGAGUUAAUCUGCUUGACUAAGGUAAUAUUGGCAUUAUAAUAGCUCAUUCUUGUUUGCAUCUUAUAGUCAUUUGACAAAAUAAAUUUGCUCUCAGAACAUAAAGUCAAAAGGCAUUUAAGAUGAAUGAACUUAUUUAAUGCUGGUGGAAAUUAUACUUUUAAUUUGAAAUAUUCCUGACAAUUGUUUCCUAGUUUAUCUAGUGUAUUUAAUGCUUUAAUUAAAGAAGUUUUUGUUGUCUUUUUUUACUGUGAUGAAUCAUGACAGUAUUUCUACAGAUCAUGGGACAAGUUGACACCCAUGGUGUAACUGAAUGGAAUAGCACCAGAAAUGGACCUCAUUCCAUGUUUUUCUUUUAAUGUUAGCUUUAAAGUUGUUCUUUAGUGUCUUUUCCCAUAAAUGGUUCACAUGAAAAAAGUUUUAUAAUGUAUUGGAGUUCUAGACCUGAGAGAACUAACUUUCUUAAACUUUGUAAGUUUGACAUAUGGGUUCCAAAGUUGUGUAGGUUUGCUUUAAUCCAAUUUAUGGUGUCUCUUGUAUGCUCGAAAAAGAGCUGGUUUCAAGUCAUGGAAGGAAUGUUUUAUUUUCAAUGGUUGUAAAAACACGUGCGAUUGUAUACCAUAAAUGAGAAUGCUGGUGUGAAAAUGAUCUAAGCUUAUAGAUUUUUGUAGGCUUUAAAUGAUGGGAUUUUAUUUUUUAAUCUUACGUUAUCUGGAAACAAUAACAGAUUUUGUAAAUCUUAAAUAAAGUGUUUUAUAUACUUUGUCCUCACCAAAUAUUUGAAAUUCCUACCCUAGGAAUUACUUACUAGUGGAUUUUCUACCCCAAAUGUUACAUUACUUCUGUCACAAUCCUGGCAGUUUAAUGUGCUGAAGAAACAACCAGCAAAUGAUAUUUUCUUCUCAGUUACAGUAAGGAGUGUAUUUUAUGUACGAAUUUGGGGAAG